CGUCAAUAAAGAACCAAGCGAAUUAACUCUAAAUCACCAUGGCCACAACGGAAAUGUCGGAGGAGGAUCUGUCGGCGCCCGAGGAGGAGGAGGAUUUGGGACCCAAUAUAGGCUUGUAUAUCGGCGGUCGUAAUGCGGCAGGUCAAAGACACGGUAGAGGUUGGGCCAUCCUGCCCAACGGCGACCAGUACGAUGGGAACUACCGUAAGGGUCGCCGUCACGGAAUCGGGCUGUACGUGUUCAAGGACGGAUCACGGUACUACGGGCAGUACCGCUGUGGCAAGCGCUGUGGGCGUGGCAUCUUCAUCUAUCCGGACGGAUCCGUGUACGAGGGCAACUGGCGCAAGCACUUGAAACAUGGCAAGGGGCGGUACAACUAUGUGAAUGGGGACACUUAUUCAGGGGACUGGUUCAAGGGUCAACGGCAUGGGGUGGGAAUCUAUCGCUUUAAUAGCGGCACGGAUGCCUGUUGCUUGUCCGUGAGAAUGAAGGCCACCUGGAACAGCAACAUGCGGACGGGUCCCUUUGAGCUGUACAUCGGAAACGAAGACAAGUGCACAAUACUCCACGGAAUUUGGGACUCAUUGUACCCCAGUGGACCAGCCGUGUUCAGCUUUAACAACCGGUAUUUGUUACUGGGCUAUUUCCUGCCUGCAAACUACAAUUUCAAGGCAAUCGGCAACGAGGAUGAGAUGGAAGAUGAGGAGCCUUUGGAUGACGAACAGGGCAUGGAAUCAACCAUGUCGCCCACUCUCUGGUUCGCCCAGGAGAUCGCCGUGUACGACUUUGCGCUGCUGCCACAGGAGCCAGUUCCUCUGGCCAUUUCCGACUCGGAGCUGUCCAUCUGCUCGCUUUCCACGGUGCCAAGCAUGCGCAGCGAGGAGAAGAUCAGCUGGUACGGCGAGGGUGAGGAGGCCGAGGGCGAGGAGGGCGGCGAGAUGGAGUGCUUCCCCUGCGAGUGCGACCUCACCGAUCUCAGCGAGGUGGAGACGGAGAGUGAGGUGUGCAAGAUCGACGCCAAUCCAUGUUGUAUUGAAAUCCUCAAGCAGCCAGAGUGCCCUGAUCCUUAGAAAUGUAGCUAUUAUUCCACAUUCUUUCGUUAUUGUUUGUUUA